AGAAUGUUUGGGUGGUUCUCUAAAACUCGUUAUGAGUCAUACAUAUUGUUUUCGACAAAAGUUGCUUACACUUUAAUGAUUGCAGUGUUAUUGUUGUUUUUGUCGUUGAACACUGAAAAAUGAAAAGGAUUUUUAAGUUGCUGUAUUUUGUAACGUAUUUGGCAUCUCUUCAUGUCGUGAAGGCUGUUUCUCACCUGGGGAAGUGGAAAGAUGUGAAGUUUGAAAAGGAUCACCUGUUUUUCGUCAAAAGCAUGUACAAAAACACAGACAUCACAGUAGACGUAUCUUGCGAAAAGGAUGAGGAGACCGGACCAUUUGUAAUUGAGUGGAUGCUGCGAUAUUCUCCGUGUGCUCAAGAGUAUCAGGUGCUGGAAAAUGGGGCUGAAGCAAGCUUAAUGUUGAAAUAUUACCUAGAUGAUACAAAAAAACAGUAUUUACCGUUCAACUAUUCUGAAGUGGAAUUCAUGAGGGGAUCAACAACAAACAAGUGUAAAAGUCAUGGAAACCAAAAAAUGUAUCUUGUUAAUGAUGUGCUUCCAUCAUUUAAACAAGAAAAAAUUAAUGGUGUACAGCAAAAGUCAUCUGGUUCGGAAGGACAAAAGGACACAGCUAUUGAUACAGCCGACGAGGACAAGCAAGAUGAGUCAGCUAUUGAUACAGCCGACAAGGAAAAGAAAGAUGAGUCGGAUGUUACUGAAAAAAAAACAGACAAUGCAAAAAGAAAUAAAAGGCUGGCCACAACAAACAACACAAUUGAAAACAUUACUGUUUCAACAGCUUUGGCGCCCCAACAUGAUGCCAAAAUAGGAACAGCAUGGAGAAGUGGCUACUAUGUCCUAAUCUUGAGAGUCAAUGCUUCUAAAAAUCUUAAAGUGAAUGUUGAAAUGAAAGGAAGAACUGGAUACAUUUCUGCUGUGGAAUGGCCUCUACUAAUUUUUUAUGGUGUGAUGGGUCUUGUUUACAUAAUCUAUGGGCUGGUGUGGAUUGUCUUAUUAGCCUGCAACUGGAGGGAGCUCAUGCGGCUGCAGUUCUGGAUUGGAGGAGUCAUUGUAUUAGGGAUGCUUGAGAAGGCCGUGUUUUAUUCAGAGUACCAGAGCAUUGCUAACACUGGGUUGUCUGUCGCUGAGGGAACUUUGAUUAUUGCUGAGGUCAUAUCCUGCUUCAAACGUGCAUUGGCGCGAAUGCUGAUCAUUAUAGUUAGCGUUGGCUUUGGGGUUGUAAGGCCUAGACUUGGUCCCACAUUCCACAAGGUAUUGUUUGUUGGAGGUCUGUACUUCAUACUUGCUGUUGUGGAAGGCUGCAUGAGGACUCUCAAGCCCAAGGGGGACCAGUCCACAGACACGGCGCUGGCAGCUCUACCCCUGGCUCUUCUAGAUGCAGCUAUAUGCUGGUGGAUAUUUUCUGCAAUCAUACAAACAACUCGACAGCUGAGGCUAAGGAGAAAUCUGGUUAAAUUGAGCCUGUACAGACACUUCGCUAAUACUCUCGUCUUCACAGUUAUUGCUGCCCUCAUUUUCAUGGUUUGGGCACUCGUUCAAGUCAGAAUGAAAGCUUGUCAGAACUUCAAUGAGUUGUGGGUUGAUGAUGCAUUCUGGCAUCUACUGUUUUCCCUCAUCCUUGGAAUCAUCAUGAUCCUUUGGAGGCCCUCGUCUAAUAAUCAGCGCUAUGCCUUUUCUCCAUUAAUUGAUGCCUCGGAUGAUGAGGACGAGGACGAAACUAACUUCAGCAGUGAUGCCUUUGAUGUGAAGGCUAGAAAGAAGCAGGCCAAUGGAUCUCCUAAGCAGAAGCAGAAUACAAUCGAAGAUGAUCUGAAAUGGGUGGAAGAAAAUAUUCCCUCAACUCUUUCGGACAAAGCCAAAACCUUGAUUGAUGAUUCAGAUGAAGAAGUUGACAAAUAUGAGGUGUCCAAGAUGCAAUAACAAGAUGCAAAGGCAGACAAUUAAAAAAAUAACUAAUAGUUACAUGUACUGUGAUUAUUGUUAAUAACUUACGGAUACAUGCAAUAUUUUGAUAUUUUAAAUAUGUAAUGGUGUUUAACCACAUUUUAUUGUGGUAUGGGACAUAUUGAUUUUAUUCUGGCAAGAUAUUACUAAACUAUGUUGGUAUAAAUGGGUGUAAAUGGGUGGAUGAAUCAAUGGCUGGACUUUUUAACAAAGUUUGUCUGCAUUUGUUCCAUUUAAGCACAGCGUGCAAGUGGUGAGCUUUUGUGAUCGUCUUUUGUCUGUCUUAUGUUCAUCAUGAACAAUAAUGUUUUUGAAAGUGAAUGUAAAAAACAGGCCUUGUUAGUGGAAUUGUCAUGCACCUUGGUCACAACAUUUGUUCUUGUGAUAUAUCAGGGGAGUUCCAAUAUGGUUCUGGUCUGUUGCAAAACAUGGCCACCAAGGGGAGAGACAGCCUUUUGGGCUAUAUUGAAACCUUGUUGGCACUCUUGAAGUCACAUUUUAGUCCAAUCUCCAUGAAAUUUUGUCAGAAGAUUUGUUCAAAUGUUUCUGAGCUGAUUUCGAAAAUGGUUCUUGUUCAUUGAAUAACAUGACUACCAUGGUGUAGCAGGCGUCCUAGUAUGGCUAUAGUGAAACCCUGUUAACACUCUAGAGGUCACAUUAAUACAUGAAUCAUCACCAAACUUGCUCAGAAGAUUUUGUUCUAAUGAUAUCUAGACCCAGUUUGAGAAUGGUUUUGGUAUAUUGAAAAGCAUGGCUGCCAGGGAGCGGGGAAGUUGAUCUUUUGGCAAUUUUGAAACCUUGCUUAUCCUCUAGUUGUAUUUUUGCCUAAUUUUAUCAAUUUUUAUGACACUUGCUCAGAAUAUUGUUCUGAUAUCCAAACUGAGUUUGAAAUUUGUUCCUUUUGGUUGGAAAAUAUAGCUGCUAUGGUAUGUGUUAGUUAAGAUUUUAAUUUUGCCUAUAGUGCAUCUUUUAAUAUAGGGUGAUGAUGCCCCAUAUGACAAUGAUUACAGCCAGAGUUCCAGAUAAGAGGCGUAUCUGAAUAUUUACGCAUUGAAAAAAUAAAAAAACGCAUUAAAAAUCGGCCCAGUACGUAACAAGACGCAAUACAAAUCUUCGUACGUAUUUUAAAUCGAUUAAAGUUCGUAACUGUUCUAACCAAUAAUCCACUUGAGUUUUUAGUGUAAGUUAACCUUUAAAUCAAAAGUAAGUCAAUCAAAAUAAGCUUGUAACAGUGUCCGACAAAUCCAUUGCCCGGAGCCCGGGGGCUACCGAAAUUUUUCAUCGGGCUACUGUAAUUUUCCAGCUGACACCCGCCGGGCUUCUAUAAAACUAUAAGAGCGGUAGCCCGUUUUAUUGACAGACAUACGUAGAAUAAACACGCUGACCAUGUGUUUCUACACUGUGUAUUGCUUAUUAUCCGAUAACAAAGUGCAAUCAAUUAUCUAAUCAGUCACCGAUCACUUGCGGUAAUGUCGUAAACAGUAACAGUGUAUUUUAAUCAUCCAAUCAGAAUCAACAUUUGUCGUCUGCUAAUAAUAUAAUGAGAGCCGGUUGGAUAGUUGGCACACAUGAUGCAACAUCAUUUCGCAGUUUGGAAUUCUUUGUUAACCGCAACAAUGAGUAAUAGCGACAACGUUUUUGAUGUCGUUAAAUAUUCAAGGACGACGAACAUUAAAUAAAUCAAAACAAUAGCGGAUUCUUCAAAACGGUAACGAAACCGAAAAUGAAUAUUAAUAACAACGGUGUGAACGCGGUUAACACCUGCUAAUUAGUUUGCAUUGUCAAUUAAUAAUUGGAUUAAUCGACUGUUAAUCAAUAAUCCCAUAUAUGCCCAAUAUAUAUUUUUUAAAUCAAAUUAUGGGUGGGUAAUAUAGACGAUAAGAGUCAUACACACAAACGUUUGACAUUUUCUAAAGUGUCAAAUGAAUUUCGGCAUAUGGUUCUAUUUAAAGAUAUGAUGAAAUAAGCUCACAAUUAGGACCGUUCAAUUGCAACAUGCGUAAAUCACCUGCCACGGUUUGCACACGUUGUGUACAGCUAUUUUAGGUUACAAAAUUCUACAUUAAAUAAAUGAAUUUCUUUGUCCAGAUAAAAACUGCGCGAAAAUUGGCAUGGGUGUAUUUAUUUAAGAAAUAAUUUGUGUACGUUAUAGUUUGUUGUCGAAUAACCCACGGCCGGAAGUUUAGAUGCGUAGGGAUUAAAUCACGAGUGCGAAGCACGAGUGAUUUGAGACCACGCAUCUAAACUUCCGGCCGUGGGUUAUUCGACAACAAACUAUAACGUACACGAAUUAUUUCGAUUCUUACACGGUUUUUACUAAAGAUUUAUACAAUGCAUCUUAUUUUUCUUGUGUACUAUUUUAUGUGAAGUUCCGCCCAUAAAAAUAACUUGCGGCUGUUCUGUCUAUCAGAUCCGCUUUCAUUCAUAAAAUACCGGAUUAUUACGCUGGUGGAAAAUGUAUCGGCAUGUUUUGUUUAGCUACAGCGCGUGCUUUCAGUUUAUAAGCUCCGCCCAUAAUGUGUUGCAGAAUAACCCAUGGACGAUUUUCUUCUUUGUUUAUAUGAAAUUUGGCACGUGCCGUGUUAGAAAUGUAAAUAAAAAUUUCGUAGCGGGUACAACAUAGUCCAUAUAAACGGACUGCCAGAACCUUUGAUAAUUUUUUCUAUGGCGGAUCAGCUAAUUAUUGGAUUAUAAAGCUGAGAGUUGAAUUAUUGCAACUAGGGUACAACAUUGAGAUCAUUUAAUUUCCAUUAAAAGUUUCGUUGUGAAUUUCAACUUAAGUACCGGGGUAUCUCGCGAAUUAUUUGGCAUUGACAUUUCCUCUUAAUAAAAUAUAAUGUAAACACGCUGUAUCGUUACCGUUACACUGUAUCAGUUCCUUCAUUAUUGAAACAAUUAUUGUAUUGUAUACUGACUGCACACAAGUGUCGUAACAUACGGAUGCAAUACGUAAAUUCGGACAGUACUUAAAGUCGGACACAAGUAAAUAAAUGAUUUAAUACUCUUGAUUUCUUGAAACUCGGUAUUUGUUGUUAAAAAGGGCAAUUGCUUGUUGUUAAAAAGGGCAAUUGCAUUGAUUAACACCAUACGAGUCAAUCGUAUUGAUCAUCUAAACGCCUUAUUUACGUUUCCAACUUAACGCGCUGUCCGAAUUUUUCAGUACACAUACAUGUGCACAUAAAUGUAAUAUCUACAUGUAGUAUAUGAUUUUCUUUGGUACAUUUACAUUAAAGUACACGGUGCCUGUACUCUAACAUUAAUUUACCAUAUUGACUGUACAUCAGACUACUUGCUGUAUUAUGUAUAUGUAUGUAUACAUAUUAUGUAUAUGUAAAUGAAGAAAUAAAAUAAAGAUGAAAACCUGCCUCUUAUCAUUGUGUAGGAAAAAUGUAUGGGCUACCAAAUAUUUUUAUUGGUAGCCCAGUGGGCUACCUGAAAAAUAAGAAAUUUGUCGGACACUGCAUUGUAAUAACAAUGGCGGCUUAUCAUGUUUGUGGAUCAAAAAGGGACGUUUAAAGCAAACAGCGGCUCUUGCGGGAAUAUUUUUUAAAGAAAGUCUGUUUAUAUAGUCAUUUUAAAUUCAUUCUGAUAAUACUAUAAAUAACAAAUAAUAAUAUUUCUAGAUUAAACAUGCCAUUUACUUUGUCACAAAAUACCCCUAAAUAUUCCUUAAUACCCUUUAUGGCUGAAACAAAGGAGUAAAAUACACUUUAAAAUAAUAUCAGGGGGUGAAAUACCCUUUAAACUAAAUCCUUAUCUGGAGCUCUGAUUACAGCUAUUGAAGAGAUACCUAUGAUUAUAGCUAUUGAAGUGAUAGUUAUUAUUAUAGCUUAUGAAGUGAUACAUAUGAUUAUAGCUAUUGAAGUGAUACCUAUGAUUAUAGCUAUUGAAGUGAUAGUUAUUAUAGCUAUUGAAAUGAAACCUAUGAUUAUAGCUAUUGAAUUGAUAGUUAUUAUUAUAGCUAAUAUAGUGAUACCUAUGAGUAUAAUAUAGCUAUUGAAGUGAUACCUAUGAUUAUAGUUAUUGAAGUGAUACCUGUGAUUAUAGCUAUUGAAGUGAUAGUUAUUAUUAUAGCUAUUGAAGUGAUACCUAUGAUUACAGCUAUUGAAGUGAUAGUUACUAUUAAAGCUUAUGAAGUGAUACCUAUGAUUAUAGCUAUUGAAGUGAUAGUUAUUAUUAUAGCUAUUGAAGUGAUAGCUAUGAUGAUAGCUAUUGAAGUGAUAGCAAUGAUUAUAGAUAUUGAAGUGAUAGCUAUGAGUAUAGCUAUUGAAGUGACAUCUAUGAUUAUAGCUAUUGAAGUAAUAGCUAUGAUUAUAGCUAUUGAAGUGAUAGCUAUGAUUAUAGCUAUUGAAGCGAUAGCUGUGACGAUAGCUAUUGAAGCGAUAGCUAUGAUUGUGUAAUUUUUAAGUUGUUUUUCAUGAUGAUGAUGAUAAAACUGAUGAUGAUGGAAAUUAUGAUGAUGCUGAUUCUGGCGAUUGAUUCAGAAACAUGAACAACAACCCAAAAAUCUUAUUAUUCUGAAGUUCCCUAAUAUUACCUUUACUUUAAAUAUAUAAUUAUUUUUCCAGAAAAUCACACAUCGCUGAAACUAGGAAAACAAAAGCUGUUUCAUGUUAAUGUAAAUUGACCUUUCAUUAAAAAGACAAGUUUUGUGUUCAGCUAAAUGUUAUCUCUGCAUUUGUUAUAUAAAAUUAACACAGGUGACCAAGUUAAUUUCCCAUAGACAGCAGGAGAAGCAACCUACUUGCUUAUUGGGUUGUUUAAGUAGAGUUGUUCCUCACCCGCUUUAAUUAAAUAUGUAUGUGUCAAAAAUAUUUUAUUCAAAGUUUUAUACUCAAAAGUGGUGGCAUUAGAUGACAAUAAAAAUCUGUUUGUA